AGUCGCAUGUUGGUCGGCAACGUAUGACACGUUUCUCUCAUCACAUUUAUCAACAAAAGCAUGCGUGAUUAACGUGCUGUGCUUAUAUAAUUAAAAACUUCAACUGUAAUUAUACGUGUAUAUUGAAAACAUUAAGUCCCUUAGUUUGGUUACCAAAUAAUAUUAUAUAAUGGAUAAUACCGGUUCAUGUAAUUGUUCUGGAGAAGGAAUACUUGUAGGCAUUGGUAAUCCUUUACUAGAUAUCUCUGCUAUUGUUGAUGAAGAAUUGCUGAAGAAGUAUGACUUACAUCCAGAUGAUGCCAUUAUGGCUGAGGAGAAACAUAUGCCACUUUACAGGGAGCUUAUGGAAAAGAGUCAUGGUACACCUACACAAAGAAGAUACAAUGCUGAAUUUAUCGCUGGGGGCAGUGUGCAGAAUUCAUUACGUGUUGCCCAGUGGAUACUGAAGAAGCCUAAUAUAUGUACAUACUUUGGCUGUGUAGGCAACGAUGACUAUGCCAAUAUUUUAAAAGAAAGAGCUGUUGCGGAGGGCGUGAACGUCCAGUACCAGGUGACGUCAUCGUGUCCGACGGGCACGUGCGCGGUGCUGGUGACGGGCACGCACCGGUCGCUGUGCGCCAACCUCGCCGCCGCGCAACGGUUCACGCCCGACCACCUCGCCAAGGAGCACUGCAAGAAAGCAAUAGAGGCGGCCAAAUUCUUUUACGUCUCGGGUUUCUUCGUGGCGGUGUCACCGGCGUCGAUCACGCAGCUAGCGACGCACGCGCACGCUAACAAUCACUUGUUCAUCAUGAAUCUCAGCGCGCCCUUCGUGUCGCAGUUUUAUAAGGAGCCGUUAGAGAAACUCCUACCCUAUGUCGAUGUGUUAUUCGGAAACGAAGCAGAAGCGGAGGCAUUCGCUAAGGCGUUUGACAUAGAAUCGACGGAUCUCAAAGAGAUAGCAGUGAAAGUGGCCGCCAUGCCAAAGAUGAACGUCUCCAGACGUCGGGUGGUUGUGAUAACGCAGGGCUGCGACCCCGUCAUACUCGUGGAGAACGGUGAGAUAACCCUCAUACCGGUGAACGUCCUAGCCAGAGAACAAAUUGUGGACACCAACGGUGCCGGCGACGCGUUCGCGGGAGGAUUCCUCGCUCAGAUGGUACUGGGGGCACCCUACAAGACGUGCGUCAAGUGCGGCAUAUAUACAGCCACUCACGUCAUACAACACUCUGGCUGCACAUUCAGCGGACAAAGCGAUUUCAAAGACAGCUAAGGACACACUAUUCUUGUACUAUAUUCGCAAAGUGCUUGCCUUAACUAACAUAACACAUGCGAGCAUAUCAAAUUUUAUAGUCGACCAUAUAUGUAUAGUUAUUUUAUAUACUUGUUAAACACUUGUUCGAAUACUUGUUUAUUUAUUGAUACAAUUAGCAUAAAUGACCACACUUUUUUUAAUUGAUAUUUAAUAAACAAGAUACAUAAAAUUUAAAAUUACUUGUAAAACUUUACAGAACAUGUAUUUUUAUAACAAUUCGCUUAAAAAAGUGAAGAAUGUAAUUAUCGUGUAUGUAUUCAAAUUAAGUGGAGAAGCGACAAACUCAAGCUUUUUAUGAUGAAAGAAACAUCGCACAGUAAUAAUGUACAUAAAUGUAAUAGGUAUAAAUGAAGAAUACGCACUGACAAGUUGACCAAUAAAUUUCAGGAAUUGUUAAGUAAAGGAAUGCGCAAGUUAAUUUUUACACCCACUCUGGUGUAUUAACCCAACUACAGGUGCCCAGUGUAGUAGUAAUAUAUUAAAUAUUUUCCCUAAGUGGUUUAAUACUUAUUAUGUAAUCAAUGCCAUACCCCCUUGCAACAAAUAUUUAUUGAGUGUUAAACAGAAGCAAUGUAUAGUACAUUACGAAAUUAGUGCGUUAUGAUGGUUAUAACAUGCGAGGCGGAAUUUCAGCCCGAGCCGAGCAUGUUAUAACCAAUACGCACGUAUAUCGUACGACGUUUUUUAACACAUUUGCGAGAAAACAGAAAAAAAAAAACAUUAAAUAAACUCAAUCUGUGAAUGUACACUGUUGCUUUCCCGCUGUUGAUUUUAACAGCGCGCUAGCGCUGCCUACCGACUGGCGCCGCGCGGCGAUUAGUUCGAAAUUAGAAUAGCAACAGCGCGCGAAAUGGCAAAUAAUACUGUCAUGGAAUUUGUAUGGACUAUAACUUAACUAUUUGCUAUGUAUGCUUUGGUGACACACGCGUUUUUUAUGACCCGCUUUACAUAUUUAAAACCGGUGGAAUUACAUCAGCUUUACGAGCAAAAGUGUUAAAAAAUAAUCAAAAUAAUAAUUACAAUAAUACAAUGAUGAAAUAAGCGGUUGUGAUUAAGAAGAUUUUCUUUGAAUGAAAUAUGCAAGUGCCUCAUGGAACAGUAACUUGUCAUAAAGAAAUGCGAACCAUACAUAAUAAAAAAUAUUACCUCUCACUAGUUACUAGGUAUUAAGUGGUUUCAUGUAUGGAUGUGGUAACAUGUGGAUUUAAAUUACAAAGGCUUAUUUGAUAUUUCGCACUAAGGCAAUAUUACGUUUUUGCUCAAAACACAUCGAACUUGACAUAAUAAUCUGUUCAUUUGUAAUUAAAUGAAUAAGUUAUUCUAAACAUUACUAUGUCACACAUUGCACGACUGUCCCGUUUUCAACUGUUGCUGAUUUUGAUGGUUGAUGCAACUAUUUCUUUUCAUCGAUUGGUUAAAUGGGGACAGUAAAAAUUAUUCUGCCAGCUGCUCGACAUUUGUGACAUCACCAAGAGAUGCGAAUGUGAAAACGGGAGCAAACCAUUGUAACUACUUAAUUUUCUAGAAGUGAAAGAAAUAAGAUCCGGGUUGCAUUAUAUUUAAAAAAAGAAAGAUACAUGAUUCUACUUACCACAAUGUGUCUCCUUUACCCCAAGAUUUGUAGAGAAUGCUUCAGGCAAUAAGUCCGCCUUUGUACACUUGUGUAUGAAGAGUUAAAUAAAAGUAAGAAACAUUUAAAUCUUAAUUUAAUUUAAAACAAAUCCGCCUGGAUGAAUUAAUAAAAAAUAAUGAUAGCUUUUUGUAAGGGUUUAAAAUUAAAUUUUGAGAUGAUGUCUACAACUUUAUUUCCACUAAGCAACAAGUCUCUCUCGGCUGGCCGCACGCAAUUCCUAUUUAUUUGUAAAGACAUCCAAUCCAAUCACAUAUCCAAUCACACAGCUGCAAUUUGAUCAUUGAUAUUAAUUUCAAUAUAUAAGUGUAUGCUAGGUACAGAUGAGUGGGUGAGUUGUUUAAACCAUUGAAAUGAAUGUUAAGGCAAUGCCUGUUUUUGAAUGGCCUACAUAAAACUUGCAUGGUCAUUAUGAAAGUUAUAACUUCAAUAUACCUUCAUUUCUCAACUUGUGCACAUGCAGCUGAUUAUGUUUUCGUUACAAAUGAAAAAUGUGUAAUAUUAUGAUUAAAUGAAUUAAUUAGUAUUAUAAUAGAUCUGAAAGUUACUCAACUUCAAUGUAUUUUUACUUUUAUUGUAUAUGUAGCUGACUUCUAUUGAAAUCCAUAUUGUGUAUCAAACAUAUUAAAUUUCAAAAAGACUUGUACAUUCCCAUUUAAAAUGUCAAAAAAUGUAAUGUUUAUUACAUCAUUUAUCCAUAUACAUUAUUUUGAAAACUAUUCAUCCUAUUAUUAUUCAGUUAGUAAUGUCAUCAAUAGUCAUGAUUAUAGUCUGUAUUCUUAAAGCAUCUCAUUAUACACAUAUAAUUAAAUCUAUUGGUCUUAACUUUUAGGUAUACAAGAUAAUAAUGUUUCAAAUAGCCCUUUCUCUGUAUUAUCUUUAUAUUUCAAUAAAAAUACAAAUUAAGUUCCUCUGAUCCUGUAAUAAAAAGCAAUUUAUUGAAUACAAGGAAAACUAAAAUUUAUAAUAGAAUCAAAACUGGUCCGACUUGAUCAAUAUUGUUUGUAACCUAACCAUACAACAAACUUAAUAUGGGAUGUAUCAGUAGAAUUUUCUGAUAAUGUUUUAUGAAAAUUCAUUUUUAUAUGUAAAUCAAUUUUUUAAAGCUUUAUAGUUACAUGGUGAAUAUUUGUGAAAACUGUUUAAUUUCUAAAUUAUUAAUUAGCUACUAUAUGAUGUUGUUUAGAUAAAUUUUCAUGUCAAUAUUUAUUUUUCUUCUAUUUUUACUGUAAUUCAAAUUACAUAAUAUAAAAUGAAUUGCUUUUUUUACAACAAAAUGAUAUAAUAUCACUUCUCUAUAUAUUAAAGGUAAAUUAAUAUUUUAUUUCUUAUUAACUAGGAUGAUAAUGUCAUUGGAAGUAGUACAACCUUAUAAAAAACUAUUAAAUGCAAAAUAAAGCAAACAUGGAAAAAAAGUUGCAGUGCUCUACACUGCACAUAAUCUAAAACAGAGAUAUUGUUUUGCCAAGAUUUAGGUAAAUUAUUAUAAUUUUAGCAAAAUCUACCACUGACUGGUACAUCUUUUUACUCAUGAACAAGUAAAUUGAUGCUUAUAUUUAAUUUACAACUAGUGUUAAAGAAGUCUAGUUAUGAUUCAGGAAUUUGUAAGAACAAUAGCAUAAUGUACUAUAUGUACAUUCCAAUCUGGAACAAUUUCAUUUUCAUUCCCCAAUAAAGGCAUACAUCUGUAUAUCUCGAGGAUAAUAAAAUUGUUCAAAGCCUCCAUUAACUUUGUUACACUUCUAGUGACUCUAACAGCAUCUGUGUUUAUUCUACACUUUAUUUUCGGCACUUUAUCAUCAACACAUGAGUGUCUUUUACAAAUUUGACAGCCUGAUUUUAGUUGUUUCAUUUUAUCCUUAAAUGGCCUGAAAUUAAGUUGUAAAUAAAAUAUUAUAACAUUAAAUGUACUUAUUUGAAUAAAUAAACGGAAUUUGGUCAUUUUACUUAAAGAAGUCUGUCAAUUCCCUUUCCCGGAAUCCUAUCUUUGUUUCAAUUAUUUGAAGGUAGAACGAGUUCUAAUCACAAAAUAACUAUCGUGAAUAGAUGUCUAUUUAAUAGGUUUGAAAGCCACUUCAUCUGAUAGUAGUAUUUCAUUAUU